ACUGAAAUAUUCAGAAUACACUGGCUCAUCUCUUGAACUGGUCCUUUGCUUUUUUUAUUGUCUUUUUGGUGAAUCAUCUGUUGCCAAAAUGAGCCGGAGUCAAUCAGUUUAUGGAGUUAGUUCUGGAAGAGGUUUUAGCACAUCCUCUUUAGGACAAACCAGCAUAAACAGACGCAUUUCGGCCCCUGUAACUCAAAGUCAGUUUGGGGGUGCGCGUGCUGGUUUUGGAAGCAAAAGCCUCUUUCAGUUGGGUGAUGCAAGUGGUGGUAGAAAAAUAUCCACUGGUUCAAGUGGAGGUAGACUUGGACAAGGCUCAGGUUUUGGAAUUGGAGGGUCUGGUGGUUCAGGUGGCUAUUCAGGUUCUGGGUCUUCUUUUCAAUCUGCUGGUAUUGUUAAUGUGAGUGUUAACCAAAACCUUCUGGCUUCAAUUAAAAAUGUGGAGAUUGAUCCAAAUAUUUCAGUGGUAAAGAAGGAAGAGAGGGAGCAGAUCAAGACACUAAACAACAAAUUUGCAUCCUUCAUUGACAAGGUCCGAUUUUUAGAACAGCAGAAUAAAGUGCUCGAGACUAAAUGGAGCCUCCUACAGCAACAAGGAGGCCAGGCUACUGUCAAGAGUGGCAUUGAUGGUAUUUUUAAUGCAUACAUAAACAGUCUGAGAAGCCAGUUGGACAACUUAAAUAAUAGCAAAGGUCGUCUUGAUGGAGAAUUGCGUAACAUGCAGGAUCGCGUUGAAGAAUUUAAAACAAAGUAUGAAGAUGAAAUAAAUGCACGUGCUGGAGCUGAAAAUGACUUUGUUGUACUAAAAAAGGAUGUAGACACUGCAUACUUAGCGAAGGUGGAACUGGAAGCAAAAGUGAAUGGGCUGAAUGACGAGCUCAAUUUCUUAAGAAAUCUUUAUCAACAGGAACUUUCAGAACUUAAAGAUCAAAUAUCUGACACUUCUGUCAUUCUCUCAAUGGACAACAACCGUUCACUGGACCUCAAUGACAUUAUUGCUGAAGUUAAAGCACAGUAUGAAGAUCUUGCCAAUAAAAGCAGACUUGAGGCAGAAGAAAAUUUCCAAAAUAAGUACAAGCAGCUGGAGGCUGCUGCAGGCCAACAAGGAGAUGACCUGAAAAAUAUAAAGAAUGAAGUUUCACAACUUAAUCGAGCAAUUCAGAAGCUGAAGGCUGAAAUUGAGAAUGUGAAAAAACAGAUUGCCAGUCUUGAAGCAUCUAUUGUUGAUGCUGAACAACGUGGGGAGUUUGCUUUAAAAGAUGCCCGAGAAAAGUUGGCUGAAUUGGAAGCUGCUCUGCAGAAUGCCAAGCAAGAAAUAGCUCGCCAACUGCGAGAAUACCAGGAACUGCUGAACGUGAAACUGGCUCUGGAUAUUGAGAUCGCCACCUAUAGGAAACUGCUGGAAGGAGAAGAAAGCAGAAUAUCAGGGGAGGUCACAAAUACUGUGAAUGUUUCUGUAAACAGCAGUAACCCGUCAUCUUCGUCUUCGUAUGGUUUUGGUGGAGGAUACAGCUCUGGGUAUGGUGGAGGAAGUGUCAGUACAACAAAUACAGAAAGAAGACGCCCAGCUGUAAAAAUAAUAUCUACCACCGAGAGUCUGAAAACCUACUUGGGCUAAAGAUGCCAUUGGCAAAGUUCUACCAUGCUUUUUUCCCAGUCAGUCACUGUUUCAUGGCCAAAUCACUUCAAUGAAUGUAUAUACAAUGAUAAUAAUCACUGAAUGAGCAGCACAUUGUUAGUGAAUACAAUAUCCUUACAUCCUUCAACAUUGCUCUGAGAUUAUAUGGGGAUGGUUGCAGGUUCAUAUAAUGAUGAGGUUUCAGAUAAUCAUCAACUCAUUCAUGAUGAAAUGGUAAUAAUUGAAUGGUGACAGGUAAUGCACAGGGAACAAUGAUUACAUUAUGGGAAAACAGUCAUUAACAUGUUUUUAAUGCACUAUCACAAUGAACAAAAUACACUUUUCAAUGUUUAAAUCCUGCUGUGAAUUAUGUGUUAAAUAAACAUGGGACACAUCUUUA